CAGAAGAUAUUUACUAUAAAUAUCUGAUUUCUCUCACACUGCGAAAAUCCAAAACAUAAAAACAAAAAAAAAAACAAAAUUAUUAUGAAGAGGAACGGCGAUACGAAACGGCGGAGGAGCGUGGCGGAGGAAGCAGAGCAUGGAGGAGAAGAUCCGGCGAUGUGGGAGAAUCUUGACCGGAAUUUCAGACAAGUGCAAUCAGUUUUGGACAGAAACAGAUCACUCAUCCAACAAGUCAACGACAAUCACCAAUCCAGGAUGGCUGAUAACAUGUCGAAGAACGUUGCUUUGAUUCAAGAACUCAACGGAAACAUCUCUAAGGUUGUCAACAUGUACUCUGAUCUCAACACUAGUUUUGCUUCGGGGUUUGGAAAGAACGGCCACGACGGUGGUGGCGCUGCCGGAACCAGAGCUUGAUGAAACCCGGAAUCCUAUUGUUUUCUUCUUAGUUGGACCGGCCGGUUUGAGAAUUUUGAAUCGGUCCGGUUCUAGCUAUGAUAAAAAAGUUAUUAUAUAUCUUAGUUUUUAUUGCAAUGAUUGUCGUUAGAAUAAUCCGUGUGGGAGCAAACCCAUCUAUUGGGUUAUUUUAAUUAUGGUUUCGAGUCUUUUUCAAUGUGUCUCUACUGCAAUUUCUCUAAUGAUAAUAAUAAGAAUUAGAUUGCUUAUCUU